AUGGUCAAGUUCACCGUCGCCGUGGCCCUUGCUGCCAUCACCGGUACCCAGGCUACCUUCACCAAGCCAUGCAACUUCCCCUACGAUGUGUGCGGCUUCACUCUGGCCAACCAAGAGUUUGGCUACACCCAGGCCACUCUUGCCGCCGCCGCCGUGGCUGCCGGCCAGGACCCGAACAACGGGACCAUCCUGUACGACACCAUCUACAACUGCCUUGCUGACGGCGAGAUCGCGUGGAACCACCACUGCGACAAUGGCUGUGAUGCUGCGCAGACGGUCCCGAACGCCAACUGCCGCGCUUGA